AGAGACUCUCAUACCGAAGCGGGUACAGGCAGCCACCACAUCUUCUGACCACCACAGACCUGAGCUGAAGGAGAAACUGGAGGGCACCUUGACCUAUGGACAAAUCUUACUCAUCUCCCCCCUCUUCCCAGUGAACGCUGUCAUUUUUGCCCCUGAAUUCACUCUGCGGAAAAAAAAUCACCAACCAAGAGUGAAGGGGAGGUGUGUACAGACGAUCCUGCCGGAGGGAGGGAUAGAAGGAGGUGUGGAGGGAGAGAGACAGAGAAAUAGAGAGAGAGGAGGUGUGAGUGGCAGGUGCCGAUGCCAGAGUCUUAGAGUGUGAGUGGGAGACGCUGAGGCGGGAGGCGACCUGAGGAACGCGGCACGUGCAGAGGCAUUUUGGAAGCCAAGAUAGACGGACAACAAAAAAUACAUUCGUCUACCCGUGCAGCUGGGCAGAUGAGGAGGCAUCAGGGACCACCGUUCAGUCCUGGGUGCAAGUUACCCUGCCUGCAAUAGGGGAGAAGUCCCAGAACCAGGGCCAUGAUUGGCUCACCUGGCCCUGGUGGGCGUGCCUUAGUGCCAUGGCCGAAGAUGUGGCGGGCGGUCCUGGCUGCUUCUCUGGUUGCCGUCUUAACUUUGACUCUGCCAGGAAGUAGCCAGGCCUGUCCGCCGCGCUGCGAGUGCUCGGCUCAGCUGAGGUCGGUGUCGUGUCAGCGGCGGCGGCUCACCAACAUCCCCGAAGGCAUCCCCACCGAGACACAACUCCUGGAUCUCAGCAGGAACCGACUACGAUGGGUGCAAGCUGGCGAUUUGGCACCGUACCCCCGGCUGGAGGAGGUGGAUCUCAGUGAAAACCUCAUUGCCACAUUAGAGCCCAAUUCCUUCGCAAGUCUGCCCAAUCUUAAAGUGUUGAAAUUGAGAAGCAAUCAACUCAAGUUAGUGCCCAUGGGGGCCUUUGCCAAACUUGGUAAUCUGACCAGCCUGGACCUAAGCGAGAACAAGAUUGUGAUUCUACUUGACUACACCUUCCAGGACCUCAAGAGUCUUAAACACCUGGAAGUGGGAGACAAUGACCUGGUUUAUAUUUCCCACAAGGCAUUCUCAGGGUUGCUAGGACUGGAAGAUCUCACCAUCGCUCGAUGCAACUUGACAUCCAUCUCAGGUCAGACCUUGUCUUACCUGCGGAGCCUGGUCACCCUUCGUCUCCAUCACCUCAGCAUUACGGCUCUUGAAGACCAGAACUUCAGAAAACUCUCAAACCUGAGGGGUCUAGACAUCAACCACUGGCCAUACCUGGAGUACAUCUCACCUCUUAGUUUCCAGGGUCUUGAUCUCCACUGGCUCUCCAUCACUAACACCAACAUCACCUCCGUCCCAUCUGGUUCCUUCAAAAACUUGGUGCAUCUAACCCACCUCAAUCUUUCCUACAACCCUAUCACGGCACUGGAGCCUUGGGCCUUCAAAGACUUAUUAAGGUUGAAAGAGUUCAUCAUGGUCAACACAGGGUUGGUGACGGUGGAGCCUCACGCCCUUGGAGGUCUCCGACAGCUUCGAGUUCUCAACUUCUCAUCCAAUGACCUCCAGACUUUGGAAGAGGGUUCCUUCCACUCUGUUAACAGUCUGGAGACGCUCAGAGUGGAUGGGAACCCUCUAAUGUGCGACUGCCGUCUGUUGUGGAUCCUGCAAAGGCGCAAGACCCUCAAUUUUGACGGCAGAGUGCCAGUGUGUGCAGGGCCGGUGGAGGUGCAAGGCGUCAGCCUGAGUAGCUUCACUGAUUCUGCACUCUUUGAUCAUUUUACAUGCCAGAAACCUAAAAUACGCAACCGCAAGCUUCAGCAGGUGACUGCACGUGAAGGCCAGCCAGUAAAUUUCCUGUGCCGUGCGGAAGGAGAACCAGCGCCCGCUAUCAUCUGGAUAUCCCCACAGCGUCGACGAAUCACAACUAAGAGCUCGGGCCGCAUUACCGUUCUCCCAAGUGGCACCUUAGAGAUUCGCUACGCCCAGCUUACUGACAGCGGAACGUAUAUCUGCAUAGCCAGUAACGCCGGAGGCAAUGACACAUACUUUGCUACACUCACAGUGCGCAGUCAGCCAAUGGAUGCUGCCUCAGCCUUUUUCCUCAAUCGCUCGCUGUACAGCAGCGAGUUCUUUAAUGACACAAACCUCAAUAGCACUCGGGUGUUCCUCAAAUUUACCUUGGACUUGACAACCAUCCUGGUCUCCACAGCAAUGGGUUGCAUCACAUUCCUUGGGGUGGUGCUGUUCUGUUUUCUGCUGUUGUUUGUGUGGAGUCGGGGACGAGGCCAGCGCAAGAACAACUUCACAGUGGAGUACUCUUUCCGAAAAUCGGAGCCCGCCACCGGCAGCUCUUCGGGAGGGACCAGGAAGUUUAAUAUGAAAAUGAUAUGAAACAACGCAGCCAGGGGUCCUUCGGGGGAGGCAUGAGCACGUCUCAAAAACGUGUUUGACUUAUGUAAACGCACACAGCCAGUGAAUCGCACGAAAAAAAUAGAUACAUAAAAAAAUACUGGGAGUCUAGCAGCCCGCCUGGUUUAUAAAACACUGGGUAAACUCUGUAUUUAGCAAUUUCUUUGCCAAUGAAUACAUCUUGGCAAGAUUUAUGAACUACAGAUAAAGGCAUAUGUUGUCUAACCUGACUUCCUAAGCAGUCAAAUCCAUUUGAACUUGGAUGACUGACACUGAAUGAUCAUGUUUCAUUGCCAUUGACGGUAAUAGAUGACCAAUCCAGUUUGACUGGGAUGGGCUGGCAGAGAUCAAUUCACUGUCAAAAAAAAGCCUCCCCACCACAGUCAAAAUGGAUUGGACGUCUGUCAACGUCAAUGGCAGCAAAUCAAUUUCUUAAAUAACAUUUAAAUCAAGUUUCAACGAACUUUGUAAAACAACAUAAAUUGGAGUAAUGUAUUGAAACGAUGAAUGAUUCCAAAUAACUUGUUGAAGAAGCUGUAGAUUGCAAAAAAAAUUUUUUGAAUUUUGUCUUUAUUGGGAUAUUUUGCGUCAUUAGCUGUGUGAGUUUGGGACGAGCGCACAGGCCAAGAGUUGCCAUGGUGUCCGUUUCCAUGCUGUUUGAUUUAAAGUCACUCCAGCUAGUCACAAAACACCAUGGCAACCAAUACAUCCAAUGCACGAGAGCUCACUGGGGCUGGGUUGUCUGCCACUUGAGAGUUUCUGGGUCAAGCAAAGCCAUACCCGUGACCUGCAAUCGACAGGCAAGCAGCGACCUUUUGCCCUUCAGCUUUCUACUGCGUUGGUGGACAUCUGACCUUCCAAGCGCUGCCAGGGGGGAGCAGCUUGGAUGGUUGGCGCCUUCUCAGAGGCAGACAGAGGACAUGCAGCAGUCUUAACGGACUGACACAAACCAUGAGUACAUGGAUAGUAGACGUUCUCUCAGGAAAAGCCAAAUUACUACUAUAGUAGCAAUCAGCUAUUACAUUCCAGCAAUAAUAGUCGUCUUGAAAAUGAAAUUCGUUCCCCAGAGGAAAGCUAAUGUGCAUUUAUGCAUGAAGAAACUAAGCCACAGUAAUCGUGGUUGCUUUUAUGAAGUAGUUUAAAGCGCAUGCAGAAAGCAGUCUUUAAUUAGUAGGACGAUUAAUAAUCUCCUAGCUCGCAAACACUUCUGUUCAUCCUUGAAGAGCAACUACAUAAACGCACAUAGCGUAUGUAAAAAGUAUACACACACCUAUUCAAAUGCCAUUUUGUGAUAUAGAAAAAUGAGUACAUAUGAUACCACAAAACUAGACAUUCGAUCAGGGGUGUGUAUAAUUUUUAUAGCCACUGCCCACAGUCAAACAAUAAAACUGACUGUCCUUUCUCUGUCUCUGUGCUGGCCUGUGUGCAAAUGUCUCUGCCUUCCCUAGCCCAGUGCACCCCCCUACUUGGCCCCACCUCCCCAGAAAAAUCCCCACUGGGUCCUCCUUUUGGGAGGGGUCCCUGGCUGGAGUCCGCGGAAACGAAUGUAAAUGAAGUCGUGUUAACCCUACCCACAACAUCUGCAUUGUGCAGUAGAGAGUUGUACUGUGGUUUUUGCUAGCAGCUUUUCUCAGAGCUGCUUUGUUGUUGUUUUUUUGUUUGUUGUUGUUUAUCCCCAAGUUUUUUAUUUCAUCGUCUCUCAUCAUUUGUGACCCGGUCACUGUGAAUCCUUUCACAUGUCCCACUCUUCUGUGUGGGUUUGUUCUGUUCUCAACCUGUACUAAAGAUGAGUGUGCAGACAUCAGUGUUAAUUAUUCUUUUUUUUUAAAUUAUGAAAUCAAAUUGGCAAUUGGCAAAAAAGAAAAAAUUAAAUGCAUGAAUUUUCCAGAUAAUAAGCUGCUGAAGAGUUUACUUUAAGUCUCACUAGUCAAACAAAUGUUUCAUGACAUAGAAAAAUAAUCGUGUUGUAUUGGACUAUAAGUUACAUUUUUGGAGUGAAAUGUAUGUCUUCAUCCAAUGGUAUUCGCCAAGUAAACAGUCACGGCUAUUUUUUUAUCAACAAAAAAAUCACUUCAAAAGAAUUGAAUAGUUGCAAAACCCCUUUCACAUACACCUGAACACAGCCCUUGUAUGUGAAAGCAAUUUCCCGGGUCGACUGACACGGAGAUUACGCGGACAUUUAACGGGUCGUGUCUUGGUAUAAUGUGAGGGACUUUCUCGAGAAGCGGCGUGUGUGAAAGCAAGCGUUAAAUUCCCGGAUCACAGCACAAUGGCUGAUGACAAAAAAAUCAUGGUGGGCCGAUCGUCACUUCCUUUUUCUUCCCAGUUUGACGAAAAGCAGUAAACAUCACAAUUAUCAACAUAGCAAGCUAAAAAUAGCUACAUUAAACUGAAAACAUAACAAAAUUAAGGGGCACUUUACAUGGCGACUCUGAGACACAAAGACGCACUGAGUAGCGGACUCACCUCGCGUGCAUAUGGUGUCGGCGAAGACGAAAAAUUCUGAAUCCUGCCUCCAAAGUGGAAGAAUCCGAUUGCGGGGGAUUUAGGGGGGCUUCCUCAGCAUGCAUAUCAAAGGCUCCCGCGGCGCAAGACCACGCCGUUAACGUCAGUACUCGUACACGUCACAUUGGGCGUGCGCAGCAGUGCUAUUAAACAUUAAAAAAAGCAAAUUUGGCAGAAUGUCAGCUUUAAUUUACUGUUUUAAUAAUAUUUUUAAAUUAAAUAUGUUGAAUGUUUCAAUUGUUGUGCCUUUUUGAACAAAAGAAAAAUGCCAUUGCUUCGAGUGGACGGGCAUAUUUUUUUCAGGGAUGAGGGAGCUUGGUGGGGUCAAAGUGCAUCAUUCUCUGUCGCCCUGUAAAUCUGCACUCCCCCCUUGGGCCUGGCAUGAAUAUUACACCGUUUUCAUGCGGAAUUGCAACAUUAUUCGAAUGGAGACGCAAAUGCAAAUCCAAAUUUGAAAUUUUUCGUAUUCUCGGAGAGUCACCAUGUAAACGGCCCCAACAUUACCAUUGGAGCGUAGAGCCAAGGAAGACAGUCCAUCGUCCAUCUUUGGAAACGUGUGGUUUAUUUUUUUCCCGAUGUUAGGGGCCGCAACUGCGGAAACAAGGUUGUACCUCAAAGCAGAAAACAGCGGAGGGAAGCGUUCAAGGGUUUAUUAAAUACAAACAAAAAUAUACGCGAUCGGGGAAAAUGGGGAAUAACACAAUGGGUCCGUGACAGUAGGUCGACAGGGAUCAAUAAUACUAACCUAAGCUGUAGGCAGAGAGCCGAUAAGACAACAAAACAAAUACACUCAAAUACUAGCACAACAAAGGGAAUUUCAAAACAAGGGCAGCAGACGAACAAACUGGCAAAUACAUCUAGAGUACAAGGUGUCGAAUGGCGCCCAGCAAGUUAAUAUCUCGGCACCCAUCUCUUGGAUCGCCUGGGCUUAAAUACAGUCAUGAUGAGGUUGAUUUGGCUGCAGUUACGACGUCAGGAACGUUCCCACACCCUACUCUGUAAUAAAACAUCAUCUGACCAACAGAACGUGCCAGUAGCCCUCCCUGCACAGUGAGCGCCGAGUGGGCAACAUGGGACAAGUCUGUGAAAGUGUCCAACCUGCGUCAUUCCCGGGAUAUUCCUCCAUGUUUGAAAGCAAUGACGCAAGUAAACCCUGCAUCACCUUACACCGGAUUUUACCGAGAUAUGUUUGUGAAAGGGGCUUAAGUGUCUUUUAGCUUAGCAGCAACAACAUUACAGCAUUUAAACUCAACAUUUAAUCGCAUAUUCUACAUUUCUAACAUUAUAUAUUGUAAGUAGCACCUUUGUAUCCGUUGCAGGCCCAGCCAAGCUAGUGAAAAAAGUGUGAUUUACCUUCUGGAAUACACGGUAGUCACGGAAAAUGCAUAUAUUACAGCUUCAACAACAUAGCAGCGCUAGCAAUACGGUACUAGCAUUAGCACUGCAAAUGAAAUGAUUAUAAACAUGGCUGCUACGAUGCUACCAUGACAUUCAUAAAGGAAUGUUACAAAAAUCAUAUUUGGGGAACUAGACUUCCCACAGCGUUAAGAACAGAACACUCCCAUCAUGAUUGUUUCCUUUCCCUCAGUCAAACCACUUGUGUGUCCAUAUCCCCAGUGGAAUUUAGGCUUAGUAGACAUCAGAGAUGUCCGUAGUGAUUUGCUGAUGAUGUGAUUGUGUGUAGCUAAGGGUUUAUUGUUAUCUUCCUACUCGGUCUUCUCCUUUUUGCCAUCCUCUACCCUCUGGACAUUUUAGGACCCUCCUUGUUGGCACCCUUUUUUUCCAGUUCACAGUAUUAGACUGGAAUGUGGUUGUGUGGUAGUAGACACGUGUUCUGUGUGGUCGUUGAGUCAAGUGUCGUCGUAUUAGGUACGGUGGCUUUUUGGGAUGCCAUCAAAGCAGUUGUGGGGCAAAAUGGAAGGAGUGACCCAGGUUUCCUUAAAAAAAAAAAAAAGAAAAAAAAAAAAUCCCACCUUAUCGCCCAUGCAUAUUGCUGGGGCUUUCCUACUUUGCACUGGGACUUCUACAAACUUUGGCAAUUUGCAGCUGAUUGGUCAUCGGACAUUUUGGUCAAGAAAAGUCAGUUUGUUAGUUGUUAGUUUCAGCUUCAUUUGCCUGAAUCUAUUUGCAAAGCUUUUAAUUGACUUUCCAAGCAUUCCCUCCGUAACCAUUGAAUAGCUUUAAAGCCAAAGUCAUCGCCUCAGUCUAUAGCUGGAUUCAUCUCCUCCAGAAAGCAGGCUUAGCGAUACCCCCCUCCCCCCAAUUUCUCUUCUCCGAUUCGCCCUUGCCUGAGGUUGGUUUAUCGUUGUCGAGACGCUCCAUUUACAGCAAGCAGCAGUCUCGCUAUUAGGAUAUAUUCCAUUGGGGAGCGCUUCAAAAAAUGCAGACCAAAAUAAGACAGCCCCCACGCACGUACACAAUAAAAAUCCUUGUACUACUAUCAUUUAAGCCUAAAUUAUGAGGUUAUCCUUGUUUUGACAAUUAAUUUUUUCAUCAUUUAUUUAAUUCUCCAAUUGAAACUUUCGAUUUUGAUCCAUAAUGUAAGAUUUUAUCAUCGCCUUUGAGACUUUGGCUUUAAGGCCUUCACCUUCUGUCAUUCCAACCAUCUACUGCCUCUAAAUGAACGCAUCUCCCACUCCACAGCUGCUAUUAUGAUUGGAUUAAUCUUAAAUUGCAUUACCAUAGCUGAGGGGAGCAUUAAUAGGAUGACAGGGAAGCCAGCUUGGCUGAUUUGGUGAUUACUUAGCCGAUUAGUCACAUUUCCAAAACAGACCUCUCAUACAAAUAGUGGAGGCCUGAUGCAAAUGAUUGUAAUUGCUAACUGAUAGCACUGUUCAGUACAGUACUCUGCUAACCCCAAGUGGUCUAUGAGAGUCAUAGCAAGAGCAUGGGAUGCUGCUAAGCAGUUUUUUAGUUACUAGGUAACAAAUAAUUCUAAGCAGACAAAAUUGACUGUGGUAAUCAUCGACCAGUCUGCGAUGUAAUGAUUUUCUCACAAGCCUCCGACAAAUCAAAGGCAAUUAUCCCACCUACAUUGCUAGCAAUAUCUCAGCAUUACCGUGAAGAGGCAUUUUGUGGUCAAAGUUGAAAUUUUUAGUGUAUUUUCUAUAUAGUCAUUGGUUGGUGGCAAACAAACUAAGUCAAAUGACAAUAUAAAGAUAUACAGUGGUAUGGAAAAAAGUAUCUGAACCUUUUGGAAUUUCUCACAUUUCUGCAGAAAAUCGCCAUCAAAUGUGAGCUGAUCUUUGUCAAAAUCCCACAGAUGAAAAAACAGUAUCUCAGUAUCUACUUUAUCUAAAACCACCCAUACAUUUAUAGGUUUUCAUGUUUUAAUGAGGAUAGUAUGCAAAGAAUGACAAAACGGGGGAAAAUAAGUAAAUGAACCAUCAUAGUUAAUAUUUUGGGUUUGCAUUUGUAGACAACUUCUCUGACUGUCGAUUGAUGAACAUCCUGACCUUUAGAGAUGGUUUUGUAUCCUUUCCCAGUUUUUUUUUUUUUUUUUUUUUUUUUUUACAAAAGAACCAUCCUUGAUCGCAGGUCUUCAGACAGCACUUUUGACCGAGUUAUGAUGCACAUCAGACAAUAGUUCUCAUCAAGACAAUUCUUACCAGGUGUGUGUUUUAUAGUGGGCGGGGCAGCUUUAAACCACUCUUCAAUGAUUGGGCACACACCUGACUUAAAUUAUUUGGUAAAAAUUGGUUUCAAUCACUGUUUAAGUCCCCUUAGGCAUCAGGUGCACUUACUUAUUUUUCCCACUUCUGUCAUUGUCUGCAUACUAUCCUCAUUAAAAUAUGAAAACCAAUAAAUGUUUGGGUGGUUUUAGUUAAAGCAGACACUGUUUUUUUUUUUUUGUUUUGUUUUGUUUUUUUUUCUAUCUGUGUGAUUUUGACAAAGAUCAGAUCACAUUUGAUGGUGAUUUUAUGUAGAAAUGUGAGAAAUUCCAAAACGUUCAGAUACUUUUUCAUACCACUGUAGGUUUACACACCUAUGUUUAAAUGCCAGGUUUUUUUUUUUUUUUUUGUGAUAUUUAAAUGUGAGACCAAGAUAAGCCAUUUUAGGACUCUUUUCACGAUUUGCUGCCAUACAAAUCAAUUUUUACCAUAUUUUUCAGACUAUAAGCCACACAUCUGAGUAUAUGUCGAACCAGCCAUAAAAACGCACAGUGAAGAGGAAAUAACCAUGGAUAAAUCUAACUGCAGUAUAAUUCUUGUUUUUGGGCUUGAAUUUGAUUUCAUCGGAAACCAAGAACAAACAUUAGACAUUAAUAAUAUUAAUAAAUGUCUGUUAACGUAAUAAUAACAGUUUUUCAGAUAACUGUGGCCUAAACAACUUAACAUACCAAAUUCAGUCUCACUCUUAAUAUUUUGUUUGUUUGCUUUUAAGUGUGAUUUAUAGUUUGAAUAAUACAACAAAUCACUGAAAUUUGUCUUGUCUCUUUUUUUAAUUUACAAAACAGGAAUAUAUAGACUUUUAAUAUCCACUGUAAGUCUAUAAAAUUACUAUUUAUGUGGAAAGGGAAAAAGCUUUCAUCUUAAGAAUGAUCUCUGAGGUGUCCAGCUGUAGUUAAGUAAUUGGUAUUCUAAGCAGAAUGGUGGGACUGAUCAAUGCUGAGUGAGGACCAGAUUACCAAUGGCAGACUUUCAUUGAUCUAACUUGAACCUUGUCACUUGAACAAUUCCUCUAAAGGAGUAAGAGCUGUAAAGAGACCUGCUUGGCACUCCUUGGUUUACACGUUACCUUUUAAAAUGAAUUGAAAACAAGCUGGAGUUUCUUUUUACUUUCCAUGGUCAACGGCCAUGUGACACAUCAGCCGAUUUUUUUCCCCCUACAAAAAGCUGUUGGUGAAGGAAUAGUGGAAUAUAAAUACAGUUGUAUAAGUUUUUUUCACCCUAGAUUGCUCUUGUUAUUUUGCCUCUAACUUUUCAUCCUUUUUAUCUCCUAAGUUCCCAUUGAUGAUGAUAGACCUCCCAGGAAAAAUGGAUUGGAUGUCUGCCACCAUCAAUGUAUUUUUUUUUUUUUUUUUAAAUAAA